AUGUUGGCGAUGUUGGCCGUUGAGGACCAGGUUGAGUGGAGUGGUGUAUCUGGCCUGGGGCAGUGGGUGGAAGGGCCACACAGGGCUGUUGAAGGUGCAGCCAGUGAAGGAGGUGCUCCCCCUGCCUCGCCACCCUUCCCCACUUCCUGUGACCUCUUCCUCUCUGACCCUGCUGCCACUUUGAAGAAACCCACCACAGGCUCCAUCCAGCAUGUACAGGUGGCCUCGUCAGUGGUGACGUCGUUCAGCCACCUGAAGCCUCCAGAGACGGAUCUCACGCUGACGACCCACAUGAAGUCUCUGAAGUCUCUGAGGCACGCUGGCUACACUGCGGUCUUCACUGGACAAACGCAGCCAGUGAAGGAGGUGCUCCCCCUGCCUCGCCACCCUUCCCCACUUCCUGUGACCUCUUCCUCUCUGACCCCUGCUGCCACUUUGAAGAAACCCACCACAGGCUCCAUCCAGCAUGUACAGGUGGCCUCGUCAGUGGUGACGUCGUUCAGCCACCUGAAGCCUCCAGAGACGGAUCUCACGCUGACGACCCACAUGAAGUCUCUGAAGUCUCUGAGGCACGCUGGCUACACUGCGGUCUUCACUGGACAAACGCAGCCAGUGAAGGAGGUGCUCCCCCUGCCUCGCCACCCUUCCCCACUUCCUGUGACCUCUUCCUCUCUGACCCCUGCUGCCACUUUGAAGAAACCCACCACAGGCUCCAUCCAGCAUGUACAGGUGGCCUCGUCAGUGGUGACGUCGUUCAGCCACCUGAAGCCUCCAGAGACGGAUCUCACGCUGACGACCCACAUGAAGUCUCUGAAGUCUCUGAGGCACGCUGGCUACACUGCGGUCUUCACUGGACAAACGAAGCUGGGCGGUGAGGAUCUGUUUGAGGAGAUACCAAUCAUCGACGUGAUCCUGGCUGACAUCGACUCUCUGGUGCCCACUCACGACGAAGCCGGCCGCCCCAUAGCGGAGUGGAAACGACAGGUGAUGGUGCGGCAGCUGCAGGUCCGGCUGCAGGAUGAGGAGAAGCAGAGGAGACAGGACAUGAGUAACGACUACCCCCCAGUGGACGGCUGGAAGUACUCCCAAACCCACAACGCAGUCUUGGGCCCCUUUGGGGAGCUCCUAACAGAGGACGACCUGGUCUACCUGCAGCAGCACAUCGAGACUGUUUCACUGCAGAAGCGCUGCCAGGCCUACGAACUGGAGCUGACCAGGCUGACCGAGGAGCUGAGGGCCAUCUUACCUGAUCCGGUCGUAAACAUCUCCGUUAACAAAGAGAUCCUUCAAAGGAUGGAUGCAGAGGGGACAAUGCACCUGACCCUGCCAGGGUGGUGCAGUCGUGUCUCAGAGAUCGUGAAGAGUAUGUCCCUGCUGGUGGCGAAUCUGACACAAAGCACAGAGGAAGGGGGUGAGAGGAGGCUAAGUUCUCGCGGAUGUCGGAUUCCUCAUGUAGGGAUGGCGUCCGCUUUUAGCCAUCGUCUGGAGACCGACAGCUACAGCAGAGCGAGGAGGGAGAGGGCGGAGAGGGAGAUCCAACAGUCCGGGGUGUCGGUCAGAAACCUCAGAUCCAACUUUGAAGGUCAGAUUGGCGGUAUUUAUCCUUUCGCCGGGGUUGUGCCAGGAGGCUUCAACAGCCAGGUCGUGUUUGAUGAUUCCGGAGUGAACAGCCAGGAUGACAACUCAGGCCUCAGUUUUAAGAUGAGCCAAUGUGAUCCUCCUAAAAAAGCUGUGAUGGAGACGACCAGCUUAAGGAAAGAGCGUAUAGUGGUGCUGUUCCUGAGCCACUGGAAAUCUGCAUAUGCUAUUUCAGUGAGAGCAGCGAGAAAGAAACAGGGACAAGAAGCACAGUCAGAUAGAGGGACGGGAGCAUCGCCCCAACAGAAAUCCACCUCCAUGUUUCAAUUCUGCAAACAACGAGGUGCUGUGGACAAGAUGCUGACCUCCUGGAGGAAUGAACUACAACUCAAAGGUGCACAGACGUCCUCUUCGUCCUCCUCUCACCCCCCACAGGAUCCCCCACCUUGUGUAACCUUAUCCCCGGAGCAAUUCCUGCCCGACAUGGAUGGUGCUGCAGUGACCCACGACAGCUUGACCCUUGACCUCUUCAUGUUGGGAUACUUCCACAUCCUGGAGCAAGAGCUGUCACCCGAGGAGAGGAAGAUGAGGCAUCUACUCUGCUUCGAAGUUUUUGAACACGUCGGCAGCUUCUCCUGGGAGCUGGUGAGGGACUUCCACAAGGCGGUUCUCCAGGAAAUCCGGACGGGGAGUCGAAGGUGGAGCGACGGCUUCGAGGACACCAAAGUGUGCUUCUUUGGGGACUCCAGGCCAAGCCACUGUCCAUCGGCAUUGCCAUCCUCCUCCUCGUCGUUGUCAGAUUCCAGACUCAUACCCAAAGUGGUUAUAGUUCCAAUCACGCCUCCAGAUGAGUGUGGCAGCGACACGGACAUUUGUAAAUACAUUGACCGCAGCUUUGCCUUUUGGAAAGAGAAAGAAGCAGAGCUGUUCGAUUUUGAACAUUAGCAUUUAGG